CCAUUUUUGCACAGGGAAAAGAGACAGGAUUGAAGGGAUCCAGUUUCUAACUGUCGGCAUAGGCAGGGGAAAUUAAGAGGGUCAAAACUGACCAAAACUACGCGCCGAGUUUGUAAAACUGUGGGUAUAAUAGGUUUAAAUAAGAGAGCACCCGUAACGGUGGCGGUGUUAGUUUUAGCGUUUUCAAAAUCUUCUUUAUACAUCCGCAGUGGAGACCGAAGAGUAUUGUUUUGGUUGUGUGGAAGAACGGGUGGCGGGGGUCUCACCCGUGUCCCCUGUACCUCCAUCCACAGCUAUUACAGUGGACAUUAAAGGCCUUGUGGAUGCACUUAGAUGUGUGCAAUGAGUCCUGUGGCUGGCAUGCCUCAGUAUUUUGGAUUGCUGUGCUCUGGACCCAGUAGGACACGAGACUCCCAGCACAGAGCGUCAUGAGCUUGGUCAUCCCAGUAGGGGUGGACACGGGCAACACCUCGUACCUGGACAUGGCUGCCGGCUCAGAACCUGAAUCUGUGGAGGCUAGCCCUGUGGUAGCGGAGAAGUCCAGCUACCCUCAUCAGAUCUACAGUAGCUCCCACCACUCUCACAGCUACAUUGGGUUGCCCUAUGCUGACCAUAACUAUGGGGCACGCCCCCCACCCACACCUCCAGCGUCGCCGCCUCCCUCCGUGCUGAUCCGGCAGGGCGAAGGGCUGUUCGUGGGCAGCGGGCGAGCGGGCGAGGGCUUGUACGUCCCGGGUGGCCAGGACGAGGCGUCGCGGGGCACCACGCUGAGUACUUCGGAGGACGGCAGCUACGGCGCGGACAUCACACGCUGUAUCUGCGGCUUCACCCACGACGACGGCUACAUGAUUUGCUGUGACAAGUGCAGUGUGUGGCAGCAUAUUGACUGUAUGGGGAUCGAUCGGCAGCACAUACCUGAGACCUACCUGUGUGAGCGUUGUCAGCCACGGAGUCUGGACAGAGAGCGUGCUAUCCUGCUGCAGACCAGGAAGAGAGAAAACAUGUCCGACGGAGACACCAGCGCUACGGAGAGUGGUGAUGAGGUUCCACUGGAACUGUACACAACGUUUCAGCACACCCCCACCAGCAUCACGCUUACCACUGGUCGCCUCGGCAACAAGCAGGCCGACAAGAAACGAAAGAAGAGCGGAGACAAGGAGCCUGCGGCACCACCACGGGCCAAAAAGGCAUUCCGAGAAGGCUCAAGGAAGUCAAACAGAGUAAAGGGCUCUGCACCUGAGUGUGAACCCAUGGAGCCCCUCUCUCUGUGGGAGAAUAAAGUGAAGUCGUGGAUGGAGCGAUACGAGGAGGCCAGCACUAACCAGUACAGCGAUGAUGUCCGAUUGCUGCUUCGAGUCAAAGAGGCUCGCGAUGGCAAGACGCUUGCCUACAACACGCACACUGCAGCCUUCAAACCACCUGUAGAGAGCUACGUGCAGAAGAACAAGCGCAUUCUGAAGGCUGCACGCGACCUUGCUGCUGACGCGCUCAUCAUAGAGUACCGGGGCAAGUUUAUGCUCAGACAGCAGUUUGAGGCCAACGGCUACUUCUUCAAGAGGCCGUAUCCGUUUGUGUUGUUCUACUCCAAGUUUGAUGGCUUGGAGAUGUGUGUGGAUGCACGCAGCUUUGGAAACGAAGCCCGUUUUAUUCGCCGAUCCUGCACCCCCAAUGCAGAGGUGCGUCACGUGAUAGAGGACGGCAUGUUGCACUUGUACAUCUACUCUCUGAGGCCCAUACCUAAAGGCAGUGAGAUCACCAUCGGCUUCGACUAUGACUACGGCAGCUGUAAAUACAAGGUGGACUGUGCGUGUGUGCGGGGGAACCAGGAAUGCCCCGUGCUCAAGCACAACCAGGAGCCUACGGAAAACCUGGGCUCAGGUACACGCCGCCGGGGCCGCAGGGACAAAGACCCAGUGGUGCGGGACGAGAGCGGGCAGAACCAAAACCUCACGCUGGACUGCGACGGCCCCAAGGGCAAAACGACCAACGACAGCAAACAGCGGAAGCUCUCUCCCCUACGCGUGUCCAUCUCUAACAAUCAGGAUCCUGAGUUAAUUGAGGAUCUAGAAGAGAAAACCUCCAUUAGCAAUGAAGUAGACAUGGAGUCAGAGGAGCACAUUGCAGAAAGGAGGAGGAAGAUGACACGUGAGGAGAGGAAGAUGGAGGCCAUCUUGCAGGCAUUCGCCCGCAUGGAGAAAAGGGAGAAACGUCGGGAGCAGGCGCUGGAGAGGAUCGGCACCAAGGUUGAAGUCGCCGCCCGCAGUGACAUCAAAGAAGAGCCCCCUGCCACACCAGAGACCGAGUCUCCUACUACGCCGUUGUUGGAGACGGUGAAGGAGGAAGCAGGUCAGAAGCCAGCCAAGGUGAGCCGGAGCAAACAGCGCAAGAGCUUCUCACGCAAUCGCACACACAUCGGCCAGCAGAGGCGGCGCACACGCACGGCCAGCGCGUGCUCUGACUUGCCUCCCGGAUCCCCCACUGACACCCUCGAGCCGCUGGCCGGGGAAAUGCAGGAUGGGGAGACACCCUUGGCCCCGGAGGCUGCCGAUCCACCCGCGAAUGCCCCCGAGGCCAGCCCCCCCCACAGCGGCUCCCCCGCACCGCCCUGCCGCAGUGGACAGAAGUACCCGAAAACAAAAAAGCACUUAGUGAACGAGUGGAUGGGUGUGGAGAAGCAAGAGCGGGUGUCCACACGCACCCCGGAGCCGGUCCCCGAGCGGCCCCUGCGCAUCAGCAGUGACCCAGAGGUGCUGGCCACGCAGCUGAACUCCCUGCCAGGCAUGGCGUGCAGCCCCCACGUGUACAGCACCCCCAAGCACUACGUGCGCUUCUCCUCGCCCUUCCUGGCCAGCCGCAGCCCCAGCGCUCCUGGAGUGCCCACGGGCCGGCGCCGCUCGCGAGAGCUCCCCGAGACGCCGCCCACCUCCGGCUCCUGCAAGAAGCGCUGGCUAAAGCAGGCAUUGGAGGAGGAGGGAUCCAUGAGUCCCGGAGGGCGCUCCACCAUCCUGAUGCCCAGUGAGGGUCCACUUAGCCCCCCGAUCAACGGAGAGUCAGACAGCCCCCUCCCCGUCAAUGGAAGCUGCUCUUUACCUGGUGGAUGUCCAGAGCUGCCCACCCCUUUGAAGAAGCGACGUUUGUGUCCCAUGGAGCCGUGCAUGUCAGAGACAUCCACCCCGUACACAUCCCCGUGUGCCACCCCGACGCGAGCCGAGCCCGCGGACGCCCCUGGAACCCCCCAGCAGCUGGCCACCCCGCCCCGUGCCCGCCUAGACGACCCUGGCACGGAACCUUCUACUCCCACAUACAUCUCCCAGAACCCGGCACACACCACGACACAGGAAAGUGAGUCAUCUGUAGAAAGCUCUCCAGAGACGAGCAGAAGACCAAGUACACAAGAGACUGAGCGUCCUCCAUCAGUGUUAGCCUGUCCAAGUAAAAGGCUUCCGGUUCCUGAAACCCCUCCCCAGGACCCAGGAAGGCCUGCUGGUUCCCUGAGCCCUGACGCCUCCCUCCACGAGCCUCAGGACCCAGCGGGGGACGAGUGCAUGGAGGCAGAAAGCAGCACGGAGGCCCCCUCCACUUCCGACACGCCGGCUUCCUCUUACCUCCCUUGGAUGAAGAGUCCAGACCCCGGCGGACUGUCCUUCUCGCCCAUCAACUCCAACCUGAGGGACCUCACUCCGUCCCACACGCUUGAGAUGGGGGCGUUCAGGCCUGAGGCUGCAGUUGCAGGGAACUUCAGCGAGGGCGCGCCCUACUACCCCUGCAGUGAGGAGCCGGGGGCCAUGGCCUUCACCCGUUCACUUAGUGGAGACGCUGGAGAGGGAGGAGGCACCGUUCAGAACCCCCCACAGAAGAAAAAGGUCUCUCUGCUGGAGUACAGGAAGCGGCAGCGUGAAGCCAGACGCAGCGGUGGCUCUAAGGUGGAGUGCAGCUCGCCUGUUUCCACGGCACCCCCGGUGGACAUGUUCCCUGUCACUGUAGAAACAGCCCCCGAGUCCUCUGUUCCCGUGGUUACACUGGCCCCCAGGACACCACAGCCCAACGAGGACCCCGAAGCCCCGCCACAGGGGGAGCGGGAGGGGGGAGAGGCACAGUGGACCUCCUCAACCUCGGUGGAGCAGGCCCGGGAGCGUGGCUAUCACAGAGCCCUGCUCCUGAGUGACCAUCGCAAGGAUGCAGACGGAGUGGAGAUGGAAAGUGGCGAUGUCCCAGUGAGGGAAUGUCCUUCACCUAAGAGCUGCAAGAGCCCUGCACACAGAUCCUGUUCCCCAGGUCCGAGCACCUUUCGGCCGUCUAAAGAGGAGGAGAGUGAAGCUCAGCCUCGUGCCCAGCCCCAGCCGCUGUCCGUCCAGCAGUGUGCCUCCAAGCUGGCGCUCUCCAAGUCGGCCCCUUUAACACCCAGCAAGCUCCACUGCAGCCCGUCUGCAGCUCCUCAGGGCCACUACGCCGCAACCUCCAUCCUGCCCUCCCCGAAAACUCAGCCACAGGGCUCGCCCUACCGUGGCCAGAGGGCCUUCCUCUCGGCCCAGCCCCAGAACCAAGCCCAGCCCGUGGCGUCAUCGGGGCCUGCCGCUUUUCCCCAAUACAGCCCCCAGAACGCGCCUCCUCCACCUCCGCCCCCCCCUCCGGCACCCCCCGCGUCUGCCGCCUACUUUCCCACCCAGGCGGCCGCGGCCGCGGCCCCGUUCCCGGGGUUUAAAACGGCCGUGCCCUCCCCGUUUCCUCCGGGCUCCCAGACACUGCUACAGCCCCACCAUACGCUUCACUACCAGAACAGUGCGGCCCCGCCUCCUCCCCCGCCUCCCCCUCCCCCGCACCCUCAGCCCGGCCCUGCUCUGCUGCACGUCAACCUGCAGCCUACUUCCAUCCAGCAGCAUCAACUGCUCCUCAGCUCCGCCCCUCCCCCGCCCCCUCCCCCGCCCCCUCAGGCCCAGACCUCUCAGCAGCCACAAUCUACCAGCAGCAGUCUGCUCUCGAUCAAGCAAGGGCCUCCUCCUCCACCGCUCCCACCUCCACCACCGGCGCCCUCUAGUGGCGCUCCUCACCCAUAUCAAAACAUAGGUGGUUUCCAAACCACUCUUCUCCACCAGUCGGCAGCAAGCAACCCCUCAGUACCACCCUCCUCUUAUCAACAGACUGUGUUACCACCUCCUCCGCCCCCACCACCACAGCAAACCCCACCUCCUCAGUCUCCAUCCAAUCCAAACGCUCCACAGAUCACCAGCGGCAACAGAGGCCCUCCUCCUUCCUCAGCCGCCUUUCAUAAUGCCGGCUAUAUGGGCACAGGUUGGCACUGACUUCGCCCACGGCACCUGCCUACGAGUGGACUCGCAAGGAGACAAAGGCAAUGGAAAUACGGUGUAACAUAGGAAACUCGACCCCACUGUAAAUAUUUUCUAUGUACCUUUACAGUCGGCUAACUGAAAAAUAGGAAUGGGUCAGAAGCAAAGAAAGGUGCCCUUUCAGGCAAACUGAAUCAGAAAACAGCACUGAAGUACAGGACUGUAAAACAAUCUGGAGAGACAUCAUGUAAACAAGAACAUGGAUGAUCAUUGGUGCUCAUCACCUACCCAGACACACACACCCCAACCGUCUGUUGUCUUAAUAGACUUCUGUUUAGGUUCCCUUUGUUGUUUUAGCUUUUUCCCAGGCAAUCUCUCUCUUUCUCUCUCUCUCUCUCUCUCUCUCUCUCUCUCUCUCUUUCUCUCUCUCCCCCCACCUCCUCUUCCCUUUCCUGGUGUUAUAUAAUGGACAUUCCAUUAUCCUCUCCUCUUUCUUCUUGUAGUUCUCCAAGCAUUUAUUUGUUUUAUCUAGUGGUUCAUUUAUAGCAAAAAUAAAUG